AUGGUUCUUUGGAUGCAACGCACAAAGCUAAAGGGUCCCCCCUUCCGGGCUGGGGACGUCGUGGACUUUUUGUUCAUGUUGGCAGAGGAGCCGUGUGGACACACUGUUCCUGGGUCGGUUCUCAAGGCACUUUCAUGGUUUGAAAAAGCAGCGGAUCUGGCGCCGGAGCAUCGUGCAACAGCUGGUAGGCUUGUGUGGUCCACUAGGGAGGUCCUUGCCAGGUCACUCAGCAGACCUGAUCGACCCGUCAAACGGGCACCACGCUUGCCUGGGGCCAUGAUUGUUUCAUUGGAGAUCCUUACAGUGAAUCACAGAGAAUCGCUGGGGGUUCGGGUUGGAUCAUUCUACCGUCUGCUCAAGUGCUGGGGAACGCUCAGGCAUGAUGAUGUGCAACGGAUCUGUCCGCAGCGGGUUCGAUUCUUCAGUGGCAGGUUUACUGUGACUCUCAGCAUUAGCAAGACAAGCGGACCUGAUCGUAGGCAGGUGGAACUGCCCAUUGCUAUCACGGAAGACUCCUGGUUGUAUGAACGUGACUGGCUGCAGGUCGGAUGGAGGCUGCUCAUGGAUGCUGCCCCUUUUGACAGGGAUUAUCUAAUUCCAGCACUGCGUCCAGAUUUUGGGGCAUUUCGGAGGCGCAUAGCCUCCUACAGCGAGAUUUCAGCUAUGUCCGCUGCGGUGACCAGGCGGCUGGUCACUUUGGAGGGCUCAAGGCUCGUCCCGGAUGGUCUGGUGGAACUCUGGACAGAGCACAGCGAGCGGGCGACUUUGCCCACGCUGCUUGAUGGGUUCGGCCUGGAUCCACGUGACCGUGACGCCUUAGGUCGUUGGCGGCCUGAGGGUAGUGAUACCUACAUGAGGAGUUUCUCGGCAAAGUUUAAGCGUAUCCAUCGCUACCUAAAAUCCGAGCUGGAGAAGCAGAGACUUGAGGGCGAGCUAGAUGAUCAUGAUGUCCUGGAAGCAGCGUAUGACUGGCUGCGCGCUAGACGCAGCAUGGAGGAUGACGCGGCCAGGCAAAUUGAUGACGAUUUCAGAUCAGCGUUGCGCACUUGGCGGGUUCAGGAUGCAGAUUCUCCAGUCUCCGAUGAGGAGCAGGCAGAUGACGAGCAGAGUGACGACACGGAGCCGGAGGCUUCGAGGGCGGCCAUGCUUGGCAACAACCUGGCCGACUUCUCCUUUGCUGCUGCGGAGGCUGCGCUCAACUUGCCCGUUGCUUUCAUGCUUCUUGAGCAGCCCGAGGAUUUGGGUACAGUCCGUCCAAAGCAGAGACCUUCUUCCAUGUGGCAAAGAAAGGGAUUUCAGAGGCUGCGUCGCCGUGCUCGAGCUCGACACAUCGCGUUCCACCAACGAGACUUUGGAGUAGACUAUGCCAAGCCUACACGUAUCCUGUUGCGGUCAUCUGUGUCGCUGCCUCCCUUCAUGUAUGAGCAAUUGCCAUCGUUUGAUGCAGACGGCUAUUACACUGGGCCAUUGCCGCGACACCCUGAUGCGCCGCCCAUGCGCUCCGAACCAGGGAAAGCUUUCAUUACCACUGGCACCGCUACGUGGCCCUCGGACAUGUGUAGAUGGGUAGCCGAAGCAAUUUUGCAUGAUUUUCUGGCGCUCGUCAACGUUGCUGGCGAGGGGGAUAAGAAGACUUCGCAGCCACGUCAGAUUGGGCCUGACGGGACAAUCACAUUCAACUUCAACUCUGCUGAUAUCAGGAACGUCCCUGAGGAUCCUGGGAUGGCGGAAUCGAUUGCACUGGCAUGUCUUGUUCGGGGUCAGGCCACUGCUGAGGACUUGAAGGCUCUUUCGGAUGCUCUUCCCGACGAGAUUCGUGUCAGGGAAGCAGAUAAACCGCGGAAGGAUCAGAAAUCUUUCACCACGGGGGCCUACAUCCACGGUGACCAGGAGCAACUUUGCUGGACAUGUCGUCCACACGACAAUCUUCUGCUGGCCUGCUCUAGCUUCGAGAACGGGGGACUAUGGACCGAGGCAAAGGGUGGCGUGGCCCCCAGAAUAAUUAGAGGUCACAAGGUGGAGGGAGAGAUCCUAUCGUGGAAGGAUGGGAAAAUCUCCUUCGAUGCUCACCGCUGGCAUGCCACGGAGGACUGGAGUGGUUUCAGACUGGUGCUUGCUGGGUACACCGUGGCGGAGCUUGGUUCCUUGAGUGCUGGGGACUGUUCAUUGCUGCAGGGUGUUGGCUUCUGUCUCUCGGAGACUCGAACUUCAGCUGCUGUGGUCUUUCCUCAGGUUGUCGAGGUCGACCCGACACAUCCGCCAGUGCCUGGAGGUGAGGGACGCUGGGAUCCUUCGCACAGGCUCUACUGUGAAGGGGCUGGCUGGAGAGAGCUCAGGACCAAGCUGGAGGAGAUCGUGAUGAACCAUGCUGGAGGCCCCAUCCUAUUUGACCGGGUCGUCUUCGAAAUGGCUACAAAGGGUGAGGCUGGAUGCAACCUGGUCUCGAGUCCACUCCCACGGACGCCGGAGGUGUACGAGGAGCAGACCACCUGGAAAUUGGAGAUGGGGCCCAACGAUGUGGCGAAGGCUUGGAAGGCGAACUAUGAGUCGGCGGCGGAACAUAUCGGUUAUGUUCGUGAACACUUCGAUGCUGAGGUGGCCGAAGGCCUGAUGCUGAAGCUGGACGAGGAUACCUUUUGGCGCAGGUACGGAGAUGAGGCGGCCCUUUCGGCUAUUGCCGUGUUGGUGGACGAGGGGAUCAGGUGUCUUGACAAGGUUCGCUCACCUGGAGCUCGGGAAAAGCGCUACUUGCUCCGCUUCCUGAAGGAACAUCAAUGUGCUGCGCUCUCGGUCACGGGAGACAUCUCCAAGGCACACAGGAGAUUCCGCCAUUCUCCCGAUGAGUGGGGCUACCUGGGAUGCAAGGCGUCUGAUGCAGAUGCCUAUGUGUAUGUGAAUUGUGUAGGAACGUUCGGGGUGGCAUCGGCAGGGUAUUGGUGGAGCCGUAUCUCCGGAGGCGGUCGCUGGAGACCGUGCGGGACUGUCAUCUCCUAUGCUUCACUGGCGGCGCUGGGCUUCCCUUUUAAAUGGGCAAAAACCUGCGGCGGCUUCGUGGUGGAGUGGGUAGGCUUCGAGACGGCUUACUUCUCCUUCACUGGCAGAGUGGCUGAUCCGCUGGUGCAUGGAGGUCGCCACGUCGGGGCGGGCUACAUGGUCCGACUUCUCGUGCGCAUUGGGGAGGCUUGGCUUUGGGGCAAACGCGUUGUCUUGGGAGCGGCCGUUUCUUGGGCCACUGUACUCAUGGUCGGCAGCUACACGCGGCAAGCAUGGCCCCCUCACGAUUCCGGUGAUGAUCAGGGUGAUCCUCAGGCGUCCGGGAAGUCUGAGCUCACCUUCUUUUCGGACGCAAAGGCGGAGAAUGGCAGGGCCUAUGUCGGUGGCUACCUCUGGAACGGGACCAUUGCAAGCCUUGAAUUGCUGGGCACUCUCAUCUGCGUAAAACUUUGGGGAAGCCGGAUGUCAGGACGAUCUCGGAGCGCGGGAAGCAUCGCCGGGGCGACGGACAAUCAGGGCAACACAUACGCUGUCGCAAAGCUGAUGUCCACCAAGUACCCCCUUCCCAUUCUGCUGAUGGAAUUGUCGGAGACUCUUAGGCUUGGAUCCGUCUUCUUGGACUUGCGUUGGGUCCCCAGGGAGCGAAAUCAAUGGGCAGACGAUCUUACCAAUGGCGAGUUCGGUCACGUUCCCAUGGAUAGAAGGCAGGAGCUUGAUGCCCAUGCAAUGCAGUGGCAUGUUCUCGGGAGGCUACUUGAUGUGGCUCAGACCUUUCAUGACGAGAUGGUCGCGGAGAAGGAGGCUGCUAAGCAGGGCCGGGGAGGUGGACAUGUUUCAUCGGGCACCGUGCGGAAGGCCAAAAGG